AUGAUCUCUAAACUUCUAAGUGGAAACCGUAGGUUAAGGACCCCCUUUCCUUUUUUAUCUAGCUUAGCUAGCAAUAAAAGAUUUCAAACCACAAGGACCACAAUUCCCGAAGAAGACUUACCAGAAACAGUUACCAUUAUUCCAACGGUUUCUGAAUUAACUAAUGCUGAGGACUUUUUACCUGAUAAAGAUGUGUCAUUGGUUGGUCAUUUACAAGCUCGUUAUUUGGUUGAAUCGAUAACGAACGAUUUAUUAUUUAAGUGGACCGAGCCAUCGUCUGAAAAGAAGUUUAAGUUAUACUGUGGAGCUGAUCCAACCGCCGAAUCUUUACAUUUAGGAAACUUGUUGCCGUUAAUGGUCCUACUUCAUUUUAAUUUGAGGGGUCAUGAUGUCGUAGGCUUGGUUGGUGGUGCCACUGGUGCCGUUGGUGAUCCAAGUGGCCGUACGACCGAGAGAACUCAUUUAGCCGAAGAGAAAAGAGUAGACAACGUAAAUAAAAUCCAAAAUCAAUUAUCUAAUUUUUUGAAACAAGGUGUCGAGUAUGCCAAGUCAAGAAAAUUUCCUAUUGAAGAACAAGGACAAGUGUUUACGGAAAACAACGCCAGCUGGUGGAAAUCCAUCAAAAUUUUAGACUUUUUAUCUACAUAUGGGAAACAUAUUAGGGUAUCCGCCAUGUUGGGGCGUGAUUCUAUUCAAUCUAGAUUAAAGUCUGAGAAUGGCUUGGGAUUUAAUGAAUUUUCUUAUCAGAUAUUGCAGGCAUAUGAUUUUUGGCAUUUGUUCAAAAAUCAUAAAGUGAACUUACAAAUAGGAGGAAAUGAUCAAUGGGGUAAUAUAACUGCCGGUGUUGAUUUAAUUUCUAGACUACAGAAAAAUUUUAACAGGACUGCAAAGUCUAAUGAAAAAGUUGAAGAAGAACCCUCAUUUGGAAUGACAGUUCCAUUAUUAACAACCCCAACAGGCGAGAAGUUCGGUAAAUCUGCUGGUAAUGCGAUAUUCAUAAGUGAAAAGUUAACUACACCUUACCAAUUAUAUCAGUACUUUAUUAAUACGCCAGAUGAAUUAGUUGCAAAACUCUUGAAAGUAUUUACAAUUUUGCCAAUGUCCACGAUAGAGAAAAUCAUUCUGAAACACAAUGAGGAUCCAGGGGUUAGAGCAGCGCAGAGAAUUUUGGCUCGUGAGGUGACUGACUUGAUUCAUGGUAAUGGAACGGGAGAUGAAAUGGCGUAUGUAACAAGCUUUCUCUUUCCUACACCUGAUCAGCCGUUCAUUGAUGAUAUUUCGGCAGAUAAAUUAAUUCGAGUAUUUGACAAGUCUGGUAUUUUGGUAAGAUUUAAAUUCGAUGAUUUUAAUAUUGAUGAUUUAAAAUUAAGCACUUUAUUGGCGAAAGUUAUGAAAAAAUCAAAGACUGAAACCAAAAAUUUGAUUUCAGCUGGGGGAAUUUAUUUGGGACUUGAUAGAAACCAACAUAUUGACCCAGAAGAUGUGGUUUUAUUUGACAGAGAUCAUUUAAUUGAUGGUAAGCUAUUACUUGUGAGAGCCGGAAAACAAAACUAUUACGUUGUCGAAUUCAGCUGA